UUUCCUCCGUCACGCGGGCCACGCCACGCCCUGGCCCCAGGGAUCAGCGAGACAGGGAUCGCAGCUCCUCCCUCCGCUCCGGUUCUUCUUCCUGCCCCGCCGUGGGACCCGCCCUCGUCCCCUUUCUUCUCCCUCUCCUCCUCCUCCUCCUCCCUGCCUAUCCAUCCUCGUCCUCGGUCCUCCCCAGCAAUCGAAGACAAGGGCAGAGCUGAACCGAGCCAGGUCAAAUCUGGCCGCACCGCGUAGCUUCUCUCUCAUCCUGGCCUCGAUUCGUGGUUGUUUUGGGAAGGAGAGGUAUCGGAUCAGGUCCCUUGAUCACUCAUGGUGCCCAGGGACAGGGCGCAUAGCGCCACAACUGCCACCGCGGCCCCGGCGGAGAACCUCGUUCAAGGGCCUAUCCUGAACAACAAGUGCGAAAAGAAGGCUCCAAAGAAAGUACAUAAAUCUGAGAGGGAGAAGCGUAAGCGCGACAAGCAGAAUGAUCUCUUUGGCGAGCUGGGAAACAUGCUAGAACCUGAUAGGCAGAACAAUGGGAAGGCAUGCAUAUUAAGUGACACUACACGGAUACUUAAAGAUCUACUUUCACAAGUAGAAUCUCUUCGAAAGGAGAACAAUACGCUGAAGAAUGAAUCUCAUUAUGUUGCCUUGGAGAGAAAUGAACUACUGGAUGAAACCAAUGUGAUCCGUGGUGAAAUCUCAGAACUUCAAAAUGAGCUGAGGAUGCGGCUAGAAGGCAACCCUAUCUGGAGUCAUGACACUUCUAGAUCAAAUAUUACAGCACCUCAUCCUGCGACCACAGUAUUUACAUUGCAACAUUCAGCACAUCCACAAGUCAUUGCAACAAUGGCACUUCCUCUGCAACAGCCAGCAGUCGUUGAGCAAUCUUAUGCUGCCCCACGGCGGGAGCUACAGCUAUUCCCUGAAGCUGCACCUACUGAAGAUACUGAGCCACCACAAAACCAGGGGAUCUCUAAUAAUGUGAUGCGGCCCCAGGCAAGAUACCCACCAGUAGUGACAACUUUGCCUGUACAUGUAUAUCCAGUCCUUCCAAGAAUGGAAGAUGAGCAAUGCAGCAGCGGCACUACUAGUAGCAGAGAGGAAGGCGGGGUCGGCAACCGCUAACAGCUCAAUUAGAAAACGAGAUCUGGUUCACAGCUUGAAAAGUUUUCGUAGUUUCAAGUUUAAUGUUUCCGUUAUAGCUGAUGUGCUAAAGAAACCUUAAAACCUAUGCGGCUAUGUGCCUCCAUGUGUAAAUAUCAUUCCACCCUGUAUUACCUUUACCUGAACUUAAAUCUUCAACAGUUCGAUGGGAGCAAUCUAUCUUUGUUCGUUCA